AUGAGCAUACAUCAAGGCGAGGUGGCGCUGGAUACGCGCUUUAUUUUUUUGACGCACACGACGCGACCUCAUUUGCGCGCUCGACUCAUCUUUCUUGCUCGCGGUACUUUACUCGAAGACGUCCUCAAAGCAGCUUAUCCCGCCUCUCGAGACACACUUUCGAUGGCUGCAGUUCGAUCUAUCAAGGAGACACCUACAAAGGGCGCGACUGGAGCAUUGCAAUCGCUCUCUGUCAACAUCCCCCGAUCUGCGCCUGUAGAGCAGCCAGAGUUUGUCAAAGCUCAGAAGAUGGCCUCUAGCAAGCCUGCCGAGGCUCAGAAGAUCACCCUGAAUGAGGCUUCCAAGCCACAGGAGCCUGUCGAGACCGUCGAUGAGGAUGCCAUGCGGUCACGCUUUGUGGGCGAUCUGACGAUCACCAAGGACUCCGAGGAGCCUCUCCUCCAAGAGACUGCUAACCGCUUUGUGCUCUUCCCCAUCAAGUACAACGAAAUCUGGCAAAUGUACAAAAAGGCAGAGGCGUCUUUCUGGACUGCAGAGGAGAUGGACCUCUCCAAAGACAUGCACGACUGGGACAACAAGCUCAACGACAACGAGCGACACUUUGUCUCGCACGUCCUCGCCUUCUUUGCUGCCUCGGAUGGUAUCGUCAACGAGAACCUUGUCGAGCGAUUCUCCGGUGAAGUCCAGGCGGCAGAGGCAAGAUGCUUCUACGGUUUCCAGAUCAUGAUGGAAAAUAUUCACUCCGAGGUCUACUCGCUCCUCAUCGACACCUAUAUCCGCGAGCCCAAGGAGCGAACGCGUCUCUUCGAGGCCAUCGACACGAUCCCUUGCAUCCAGCGAAAGGCUCAAUGGGCGCUCAAGUGGAUCUCAGACGAAAAGUCGUGUUUCGGUGAACGUCUCGUCGCCUUUGCUGCGGUCGAGGGCAUCUUCUUUUCCGGCUCAUUCGCGUCGAUCUUCUGGCUUAAGAAGCGCGGACUCAUGCCCGGUCUCUCCUUCUCGAACGAGCUCAUCUCUCGCGACGAGGGUCUGCACACCGACUUUGCCUGCUUGCUCUUCAGCCAUCUGCGAAGAAGGCCGCAUCCAGACACUGUGCAAAAGAUCAUCACCGAUGCCGUCAAGAUCGAAAAGGAAUUCCUCACAGAGGCUCUGCCGGUCUCCCUGAUCGGCAUGAACUCGGAGCUCAUGUGCCAAUACAUCGAAUUCGUUGCCGAUCGACUGCUCAUCGCGCUGGGCAAUGCGCCCGUCUGGAACACGACGAAUCCUUUCGACUUUAUGGAGAACAUCUCCUUGCAGGGCAAGACCAACUUCUUCGAGAAGCGAGUGUCAGACUAUGCAAAGGCAGGCUUCAGCAACUCUACCAAGGCUGGUACCGCCGCCAAUGAGAACUCCGACUCGCAUCUAUUCGAUCUCAACGAAGAUUUCUAGACGCUCAUCCAUCUCGAGCCCUGUAGGCGACGCCGAUGUGCAAACUCACGAUCAGCAUCUUUACAAAACAGCAGUAACGUCUUGAUACCCUCUCAAGCGUCGUCGCUCGGUUGGCCGGCUCGUUCGCCCGCUCGCAUCACCAUCUCAUCUUGUAGAUCGCUCUUGGUACUCGGCCUUUGCAUCCUUGUGCAUUGGCUUCAUGUUGGAUUCAACAUUGCAUUUCUUGCCGAAC